UAUCGUAACGAAUUGCGCUCGUUUUGUUUUUAUUUUGGAAGUUCUCGUUGUUGCGAAACCAACCGUUGGGUGCUCAAUUUCUUCAGGGAAAUGGUGAUAAGUGGAAAAGCCUUAAUUGCGAGUUCGAAGUGAUCGAAGUAGUUUACUGACUAUUAUAGUGCCUAUAGUGACCAUGUGAUUGAGUGCAGGAAUUCAUAAGAAGUACUCACGUGAAUUUAUGACGGUACUUAGCUUAUCGGCUCACACUUCGUAGCUCAUGGUUGCCAUUGGAUUAGUCAAGCAAAGUGUAUUCCAGGAGAUUUUGGUCAGUUCCCAUUCAAUCAAACUCGUAGAUAGUCCAGUUCGGUUGUCUCAUUCAUAAAACAAAUACGGCCUAGUCAAGAGUGAUGGUCUCCCCGAUAUUUACUAUAAAGAUUUUCGCGGUGUUAAGCCUGGUCUUGAUUGCAGAAACGCUGCAGAUUGAUAACGGAGACGAAUUCGAGUCAUAUGGAUGUGAUGCUGACCGAAAAUUACCUGAUCAACCAGAUAUCGUGGGUUUUCCAGUAAUAAAAAAGUGUUGUCGUGAUAAUGAGAAUUUACGCAUUGCUAAUACCACGGUGGAGAGUUUCAGUUGCCAUCGGCAUGAUUAUCCCAUAUACGUGAAUUAUUCUAUCGUUGAGUUGUAUGAAGAUUGUAUUUGGUUCCGGAAUCGAAGUGGUGGUGAAAUCGAGUUGCAAAGCGUAGAGAAGCCUCCAAAUCAUGAGUAUUUUCCAUGUAUGUACUACGGAGACGUUUUCGGCUCCCAUAUAAUACAAAAUGGGUCCUUAUUGGUCGUAAAGACUUACGGUGCCUUCAUGUACCGACUGAAUAAUGAUUAUUGCUUGGACGCUGAUGCAUACACCGGUGCCUAUAUGGUCUGCCACUACGUCAAUGAGACGUCACUUGCUGCAAGUCAGGAGUUGAAAAUAGACCGCCAUGCUAACAUCAUUCAAAAGUUCUUCACAAUUAUAUCAAUUCCUUGCUUCAUAGGCAUCGGAUUGCUUUACAUUUUCAUCAAGGAAUUCCGCAAUUUGCAUGGAGUAUGCGUGAUUUCAAUGGCCUGUUUUUUGACCGUCGAAUUCGUCCUUAGAAGCGUGUUCAACAAUAUGAAAGAAAAGGAAGCGAUUCCUUUAGGCCAUACUGUUCAGUAUUUCGAUUUGGCUAAUCAUUUCUGGAUGUUGGUCCUGUUCACUAAUACCAUGUUGUUUCUGUGGAUUUACCUUCCUUAUAAGCAUAUAGAAUGGCGACCGUUUGGAAUAUGCAGUUACGGAAUGUUCUUUGUAGCAUGUAUGGUUUUGCCAACAAUUGUGUCAAGCCGACUGGAAGAAGAUGAAAUAAUAACCAUGAUAGACUUCCUAACAACCCCUAAAACAACAAUUGUCCUUGUAUGCAUUUUGUUAAUCAUAAUAAUCUUCGUGGGUGCAAAUCGAUUAACGGCGUUAAUCAGGAAUGAGAUUUUCCAAAAAUAUAUUGAAAACUCAAUAAUAGACGAUCAUGAAAUUGAAAUGCGAGGACAUCACUACCAGUUGGAGGACGUCCAAACGAGGUUGACAUGUCUAACCUCCUUGAUAGGUUUAAUGGUUAUUAUGCGGAUAUUCCACAUUCCAGGCCACAGGCACUUAGUUAUCUUGCGGGAGACGUUAAAAAGUUUACAAGGAAUCGUUUUUGUAUUAAUAUUUAUUGUGUUAAGAUAUAAAGAAAUACGGAACUUUGUAUGGCGCCGUUUGAAGAAAUAGCUUUCUAAGAUAAAAUGUCGGGUUAGAUUAUUUAAAAUUUAGUUAAACAUCCAUGAUCUCAGUAAAUUGAGAAUGAUUGCCAAAAUUGAAUAAUCAUUUUCAGUUUAAAUAUAAAUGUGUAUGUACAAUGUAUAGUAUGAACCGCUUUAUCUUUCUAUUGUUAAAAUAUGUACUUUUU